AUGUCUUCCAAGACACCACAGCCUAGCAACCCCGCUACAACCAGUCAGGUCACCCCCGAAAGUACCGACAAGGACGGAGACAUUGCCAUGGGAGGUAUCGAAGACCCCAAGGAGAUUACCGUCACCGAGACUCUUAAAGUCGCCCUACCAGACCGAUUCACAGGCAAUCGACAAGAGCUAGAAACCUUCUUGCUCCAACUUGAGAUCUACUUCCAAUUCAAUCAGGAUAAGUUCAACCAUGACGCCGACAAAAGCGUCUGGGCUGCCUCCUACCUCAGAGGAGAAGCCGCCAAGUGGGUCCAGCCCUACCUCAAGGAUUACUUCACCAACUUGAGCGAGCCUAAGAAGCGAAUGUACCCAACUCAAACCAUCUUUGGGAGAUUCGAAGGUUUUAAGAAAGAAAUACGACGAGUAUUCGGGAACAUCAAUGAAUUACGUGACGCUGAGUCCAAGAUCUAUGGCCUCAAGCAAACAGGGUCAGCAGUUAAGUACGCUGUGGAAUUCAGGAGGUAUAUAGGUACCACUGGAUGGGAAGAAAACGCGAUGAUGAGCCAUUACCGGAAAGGGCUCAAGCCUGAAGUCAGGCUAGAACUGGAUCGCAAUUGCACUUGGGAAGACCUAAACGAGUUAAUCGAGGAAUCUAUUAAGGCGGAUGAGAUGCUCUAUGAGUAUCAGAAGGCACGCCGAUCUUCCAACUUUCAUGGAAACCGAGAUCGUGGUAAGUACCACAAGAAUGAAGGAAGACCUCGAGAAAUCAGACAAUCCUACGGAGAACCAAUGCAAUUGGAUGCAAAGUUUAAGAACAAACUACCCAAGGAAGAGGUAGAACGCAGACGCAAGGACAAGCUAUGCUUCGAAUGUGGCAAACCAGGCCAUCGGGCCAGGGAUUGCCGAAGCAAGAGAUCACCAGGAGGAGGUUAUCACAAGAAGUUCGGCAAAGGUCAACUCAAUGCCACCUUUGUACCCCAACUAUGCGCUUCAAAUCCAAUCGAAGACGAUAGUUACGAACGUGAAGAACGUCAAAAGGAAAUUGACGCAAUGUCACGAGACCAGGAAGGGUUGAAAGCCAUAGACCGAUACGAUCUGGAGCGUCUCCGAACCCCUUCACCUCCCCUUAUCAAGGAAGACCCGAAAGAAAUACCGUCGGUAGAACACGCGACGAUGAGCUGGAUAGCUUGCUACGAUGAAUCCUGCAGAAUUCACCUAUCAGAUAAGGAAGCCACAGGAUGGUUUCCCCAAAGAAAAGCAAAAGGACCCUACAAGAAGGGAAGGUCAGAAAAAAUAUCGUCACAUGGUCAUUUAAAUGGUCAGUUACACAAAAUUGACCAAAUUGACCAAAUUGACCACAACAAAGUUUUGGGUCAAGGACAAUUGAAUAUCGCAGGACAGGCAGGACAGAUUUACUGGGUUGCGAAGAUAAAAGGACAAAUAAUACGAGCCAUGAUCGAUUCAGGGGCUACGGGAAAUUUUAUUGCACCAAAAACUGCGAAGUACUUGGGAGUGCAACUUCAGACGAAACAAACCCCAUAUCAAUUGCAGCUGGUUGAUGGACAACUAGCCGGAUUGGACGGAAAGAUUUCGCAGGAAACACGCUCAGUACAGAUGAUCAUAGACCAACACAAGGAGAUCAUCCAAUUCGACGUCGUCCCAUUAGGAAAUCAAUCAAUCAUCCUAGGGAUGCCAUGGUUAAAAGCACACAACCUCCAGAUUGACUGGUUGUGGGAAACUGUAACAUUUCCAAACAAGAGCGAUCAACGAGAUACGCUAGAGCCUGCGAGGCUGAACAUACGCGGUGGAGAACUGAAGGCGAACAGCACCACUAACGUAGGACGCCCGGUCCAGGGUCUUCCAUUAACGGCGAAGGAAGGUGAACCUCCCGUACAAAUGAAGAAUAAGCAAAAGAAGCUGCUUAAAACCACCCCUGUAGAGAAACAGGACGAGACGCCAAUACCGGUACAGUACCAGAAGUACAAGAAACUAUUCGAAGAAAGAAAAGGCCAUGAAGCUUUACCAGAACAUAAGCCAUGGGAUCACGAGAUAGUAUUGGAGGAAGGCAAGAUGCCUCCAUUCGGACCAAUCUAUCCAAUUUCAGCCUCUGACCUAAGGACGCUUAGGAAUUACAUUGGCGACGCACUAGAAAAGGGAUGGAUCAGAGAAUCCACCUCACAAACAGCUAGCCCCGUGCUAUUUGUACCAAAGAAGGAUAGUACGAGGAGACUGUGCGUAGACUAUCACAAGCUCAAUGAUAUAACGAUCAAAGAUCGGUACCUACUUCCAUUAGCUACGGAACUGAGGGAUCGAUUGGGAAAAGCCAAGAUUUUCUCCAAGUUUGAUCUACGAAACGGAUUUCACCUCAUCAGAAUGAAGGAAGGUGAAGAAUGGAAAACAGCAUUCAGAACUAGAUACGGAUUAUACGAGUACCAAGUUAUGCCAUUCGGAUUGACAAACGCACCAGCAACAUAUCUUCAAUGCAAACCUAGCAAGUGUGAAUUUCACGUCACAGAAACGGAAUUCCUGGGCUACACUAUAUUCUCCGGAGGUCUCAAGAUGAGUCCUAACAAGGUAAAAGCAGUUAUGGAAUGGGAACCCCCAACCAGCGUGAAGGAAGUACAGUCCUUCCUGGGGUUCGCCAACUUUUACCGAAGAUUCAUCAAGAACUAUUCAAAGAUAGCCGCUCCAAUGACGGAGGUUACCAAGAAUAGUCAAGGGGAAUUCCGAUGGACGGAAACAGCGCAAGAAGCAUUCGAACGCCUUAAGCAAGCAUUCGCAGGAGAACCAGUUCUCAGGGCAUUCGACCCGGAACUACCAAUAAUCGUGGAGACGGACUCCUCAGACUACGCAAUAGGCGCAGUACUAAGCCAACCAGGCUUGAAUGAGAAAUAG